AUGGACUGCAGUGCAUCAGCAAAAACAGUAAGUUCUAUCAAUUCCCAUAUUUCUACCGAAAUAAGCUCGCCCACACAUCCUCACCGUUCUCAAGACUCUAUCUUGAACGGAGAGAAAAGCCAACAACGUGCGCAAGCGCAAGAUCUUGUGCAAAAUUUUCUUCUACUUUGGCUCGAUGGUAACCUGGACGAGUCAAAAGAAGAUUUUCGAAAUUCGAUUACGGAAUUGCGUCGAACGGUCGAUACUAUUGAACCAUUCCGUGAUGCCGAUAAAUGCCUUCAAUAUAUUUCAAGUUUCAAAAAUGAAAAAGCUUUUCUCAUUAUAUCUGGGGCUCUUACUGAAAAUGUCGUACCACUUGCUCACGACAUGUCUCAAAUUUAUGCAAUCUAUAUAUUUUGUCGAAAACGAUCAAAGUAUGAACAAUGGGCAACAAAAGAGUUUCCAAAAGUAAGAGGCGUUUUCACAGAAAUCGAUCCCAUUUGCAUCUCGGUUCGACAAACAGCACGAGAAUGCGAUGACGAUGCUGUUGUAAUUACUGGUGAAAUAGAACCAUCAUUUAUGUAUACAACACUGUUCAAAGAAAUUGUACUUGAAAUUGACUUCGAUGAAAAGAAAACUGUUCAAGAUCUUGCCGAUUAUGCUAGAACACAAGAGGCGUAUGCUAACAAUAAAGAACAACAAAAAAUCAUCGACGAAUUUGUCGAAAACUAUCGCGGUAACAUUGACAACAAUCCUACUCGGUGGUAUACUGCAGAAUGUUUCACAUAUAAAAUGCUCAACAAAGCAUUAGGUAAACUAGACGUUGGUACGUUGCUUAAAACAGGAUUUUUCAUGCGCGAUCUUCAUCAAAAUAUCCAGCAACUCCAUGACCAACAAUUGAAUGACACCAAUGAACCAUUUCCAACUACACUUUAUCGCGGUCAAACGAUGACACAACAAGAUUUCGAAACCAAAAUUCAACAGGACAAACUGAUGUCCUACAAUAACUUCUUGUCAACAAGUCAAGAAAAGCAUGUUGCUGUUGAUUUUAUUCGCAGAAAACUUCAAUCCGACAACACCAAAAUUGGUGUCCUUUUUGUCUUGACAAUAGAUUCAUCGAUAAAAUCCGCUCCAUUUGCUGGUAUCGCUGAAUUCAGUAAAUUUCCACACGAGAAAGGAGUUCUCUUUUCAACGCACACAG